UUGACGCAAGUGUUCCCAGCGUUUCCUCAGUUCACAGUCAAUGGAAUUGCAGUUCAAUCAUCUUUGGAGUCGAAGAGGUAUCCUGGACUGUUUUAAUAACGGGUUGAAAUGAGUUUCCUGGGAGGCCUAUUCAGUCCAGUGUGUGAAAUUGAUGUCGUACUCAAUGAUGCUGAGACGAGGAAGACGGCGGAGCUCAAGACUGAAGAUGGCAAAGUGGAGAAGCACUAUCUGUUCUAUGACGGGGAGUCUGUUUCAGGGAAGGUCAAUCUCAAUGUGAAGCAGACAGGGAAGAGACUAGAGCAUCAAGGAAUCCGGAUUGAGUUUGUUGGGCAGAUUGAGCUCUUCAGUGACAAAAGCAACACGCACGAAUUUGUGAACCUUGUGAAGGAGCUGGCCCUUCCAGGAGAACUAACCCAGAACCGAAGCUAUGACUUUGAGUUCAUGCAGGUGGAGAAACCAUACGAGUCCUACGUAGGAGCCAAUGUCCGACUGAGAUACUUCCUCAAAGUUACUAUCGUGAGAAGAUUGUCUGACUUGGUGAAGGAGUAUGAUCUUAUAGUGCAUCAGUUGGCCACCUAUCCUGAUGUCAACAACUCUAUCAAGAUGGAAGUGGGUAUUGAAGACUGCCUGCACAUAGAGUUUGAAUACAACAAGUCCAAGUACCACUUAAAAGAUGUCAUCGUGGGCAAGAUUUACUUUCUGCUGGUGAGAAUCAAGAUCCAACACAUGGAACUGCAGCUGAUCAAGAAAGAAAUGACAGGCAUUGGUCCCAGUACAACCACAGAGACAGAGACUGUAGCCAAGUAUGAGAUUAUGGAUGGGGCACCAGUAAAAGGAGAGUCUAUCCCCAUCCGUCUCUUCCUGGCCGGUUACGAUCUCACCGCCACUAUGAGAGACGUCAACAAGAAGUUCUCAGUGCGCUACUUCCUCAACCUGGUGCUGGUGGAUGAGGAGGACCGGCGGUACUUCAAACAACAGGAAAUUGUCUUGUGGAGGAAGGCCCCAGAGAAAAUGCGGAAACGCAACUUCCACCAGCGCUACGAGUCUCCUGAGCCACGGACGACGGUUCCUGCGGAGCAGCCUGAAAUGUGAGGGGUCAGGAGGGAGGAGAGUACAGAAUCUGUGGAUAGGGGCACACAAUCAGCCCAGAGGGUAAUCUAACCAGAAGCCCAUGACUCCUUACCAGGCUCCACCACAUGCUCCACCUUAACGUGUGGUGAUGUGCUCCCUGUUUGCUUGAAAAGGCUGCGUUCACCUUGCCGUCCACUGUAAGCAGUCUUUUAUAGCAUUAAGGACCAGUCUUCUUUCAUGACACACACAGACACACUCACAAAUACUCGAAAACACUGGAACCAACAGAAACUACCAUUCAUUGCAAACUUCAUUGCAUUUAAUUUUUUCUUUCGGGAGUACACUGUGUUCCCUAUGUAAAAGACGAAAGCGAAAUGUAUUCUAAUCGAAAUGAUCAACCCAGAAGGUGGGAUAUGAAAUUACAGCAGCUUUUCAUAUUGCAGAGAGCCAAACAAUGCAUGUGAUUGGUUGAAUCAAGUUAGAUUUACGGUUCAUCACACUUGUGGAACACAUUUUCAAGGUUACAUUAUGUAGCAAAACAGGCAUACUUUGUUCCAAGGGGUGCCAUAUCUGGAAUUUACCUGCAAGCUGUAUAAGAUUUAUAUCUCGUAAAUUAUAUUAAGUGUCUAAUUUGUAUGCUUUUUUUUUUUUUUUUUUUUUAAGUCCCUCUCACAAAACCUGUUACAAAUUUUGUGGCAACUUUGAUUUACAAAAAUUAUAUAUAUAUUUGAAGAUACUGUAUGCGUUUUGCAAGAGAAGCUAUGGAUUAAAAGCAAUGUAGCUACAAUGUUUUUGUCAUAUCCCUCUAUUUGUGAGAAGUCGAGUCUGUGUAAAGGGUUGAGUGCCAUUUAGUUUUGCUCAGUUUGUGCUUUGCAGGUACUACAUUUACGUUGUCGAGCUGCAAUCAUUAUGAGGGUGAAAUUCAAGUGAUGCGAAGAAAAUAUUCCACUGAGUAACGUUUACUUUCACUGAGGCUACACUAGUUGUCCUGUCUCAAGCUAGCGGUUCCCCAUUCAUUUCUGAACACCAUAGACAGGCAUACACAGAUAAUCUAGUUUUAGUCACACUGUAUGUAAGUGCCUGUAUGGUAAUGAUGAAAUUCUUAUGCCAAAUAUGGCGCUACCCCAUUGCAUGUCAGCCCUCUUUUUACUCUGUAUACUGUAUCUGAUUUCCUGAUAUUGUGGACCCUAAAAAAUUGUAAAUAUUUAGCUUCAAGCUAUUUAUCCAUCUGUCAGAAUAAAAAUACAGAUUUAUACUCAUA